AUGGCUCAGACAUUAGACAUCAGCCUGCCGCUCUAGGAAUCCGGAUUCGUGUCCAGGUGACGCACGAAGUGACGUCACAAUAACAUCACGAACGAUGUCGUGGACAUUUAACGAGAAGGGAAGUUUGGACUCAAACACCGAAGAUAAUAUCUUCUUGUAAUGUUCAUUACUCGACGUAGAAGAACAGGUUCAGAUUCAGAAAGAGAAUCACCAGGAAUUAAUUACAAUUCUACUAGUUUAGAUACUUCCAUUAUAUCAUCGGACCAGAAGAUUAACAAUAAUUUUGCAUCUAAUUCUCAAGUUGAAAUGACGUGUCGGGAUAGAACCGGAGAAUUUAUGUCGACUGUAAAGUCUAUGCAAGGAAGAAUGCAGGGCAAUGGAUAUAUGCCAUUGACACAAGGUAAACGGGCAAAAGAAGUACACGAAUGGAGUGAAUUUAUGAGGAUAGCCAAACAGAUUGGAAAAGAUAUCAGUAACACUUUUACAAAAUUGGAAAAAUUAACAAUUUUGGCAAAAAGAAAAUCACUUUUUGAUGAUAAACCACUUGAAAUACAAGAAUUGACAUAUAUUAUUAAACAAGAUAUUAGCAGUCUUAAUAAACAAAUUGCUCAUCUUCAAGAGAUUGUAAAAUCAAGAAAAUAUCGCAACGGAAAACAUAUGCAGUCACAUUCCAAUUCUGUUGUUGUUUCCCUUCAAUCUAAAUUGGCAUCAAUGUCUAAUGAUUUCAAACAUGUUCUUGAAGUCAGGACAGAGAAUUUAAAACAUCAAAGAAAUAGACGGGAACAGUUUACUCAAGGAGCUGUAUCAGCAGCAUUACCCCAGGCUGCAAUGUCUGGACAUACGGGAUCAGUAUUAAUUGCAGAUGAAAGAGCAAAUGGAAAUGAUUGUACUAUUAAUAUGGAUCUUGUUAGUAAACCACAGCAGCAAAUGCAAUUAAUUGAUGAACAAGAUGCUUACAUACAAAGCCGAACUGACACUAUGCAAAAUAUAGAGGCAACAAUAGUUGAACUUGGAACUAUAUUUCAGCAACUUGCUCAUAUGGUAAAAGAACAAGAAGAAAUGGUUACCAGAAUUGAUCAUAAUGUUGAAGAUACACAUUUAAACGUGGAAGCUGCCCAUACAGAGAUACUAAAAUAUUUCCAGUCGGUGACAUCUAAUCGAUGGCUUAUGAUAAAGAUCUUUGCUGUUUUAAUAGUUUUCUUUAUAAUAUUUGUAGUUUUCGUAGCAUAGAAACUGUAAAUUUCAUAAACGGAAAUUUGAAUAUUGUUCUGGUACAUUAAAUGAUCCAUCCACACUGAUCGGAUUUCAUUUAAAAAGGGGCCUUGGAAAAUAGUUGAAACACUUUGGAUCAUAUUGAAAAAUGAACAAACAUUUUAUUAUUCAUUGUUGACUUAAAUUAUAAACUGUUACUUUACAUGUUUUUAAAAUUUCUAUGGAAAAGUAGAAUUUGAAAUCUCAAAAUUAUUGUUAUAAGUAAUUAUUACUUCAGAUUAUAUGAAGAAGGUAUUAUCAAUAAAUUUUAAUAUAUUGAAAGAUUUUUUACUUAGAAAAAUUGUAUUUACAAUUAAUUUAUUUUUUCUCAUUUAACAUAUUGUUUUUCUUGCAUUUAAAGUUUAAAUUUGACCAAAAUUAUUUAUUAAAACAUUUACUGACGAAAAACAAUUUUAUGCCUUAAGAAAUAUAUAUACCGGUAUGUAUAAAAAAUAAAAACUGAAAGCUUUUGAUACAAAGCUCGACAUCUUUCCAGAGUAUUAAAUCUUUAAAAUUUCCAGCAAUUAAAAUAAGUAUGUAAAUACCUAUAUACAAUUAAUGUAAUUAUAAAUGGGAUGUAUGUACAGUACAAUAUAUAUAUGUAUUAUGUACAGAAAAU